UUCUCUCCCUCCCUGCCCCUCUCUCUCUCUCUCUCUCUCUCUCUGGCAGGCUGCUCCUGCAGUGAUUCAGUAUCAUGGAGGCUGGCAGUGGGGCUGCUGCAGUGGUGGGAAGUGCAGCUCUCGGACUGCUUGGAGCCACAGGAAGUCAUGACAUCUCUGACAGGGGCCUGAGGCCUGGACGGCACCCGGAAGAAGACGAUAUCGUUCCCGAGCUUGCCAGGAGCAUCCACCCCCGAGAGCGACCUGACUGGGAGGAAACCAUCAGCGCAAUGGCACGGAGUGCUGAAAUUCCAGAGCUGAGCUCUGAGCCUCUCAUGCGCUCUUGCAGCAGUACUGCCAGCAUGAAGGUGAAGAACGUCAAAAAGCUCUCAUUCACCAAGGGACAUUUUCCAAAGUUAGCCGAAUGUGCCCAUUUCCACUAUGAAAACGUUGACUUUGGGACGAUACAGUUAUCCCUCGCAGAUGAACAGACUGAAGUGACACGGAAUGGCCUGGAGUCAAAAGAGCCUGUGUAUUUGGUUCAGAUCUACUGUCAGGGACGAAGCUGGAUCGUGAGGCGGAGCUAUGAAGAUUUCCGAGUCCUGGAUAAGCAUCUCCAUCUCUGCAUCUAUGACCGCCGCUUUUCCCAGCUCCCCGAGCUGCCCCGUUUCGACAGCCUGAGGGAGAGAGCAGAGGCAGUUUCCCAGAUGCUGAUGGCUUACCUCUCCCAUCUCUCAGCGAUUGCUGAUAAUAAGAUCAACUGUGGGCCGGCCCUCACAUGGAUGGAGGUUGACAACAAAGGGAAUCACUUGCUGGUGCAUGAGGAGUCAUCCAUAAAUGUUCCAGCUAUCGCAGCGGCCCACGUGAUCAAGCGCUACAUUGCCCAGGCAGCUGAUGAGCUGUCAUUUGAGGUGGGGGAUAUUGUUUCCGUAAUAGACAUGCCACCCAAAGAGGACACCACCUGGUGGAGAGGAAAACAUGGUUUCCAGGUUGGCUUCUUUCCCAGCGAGUGUGUGGAGCUGAUAAACGACAAGGUCCCGCAGUCUGUUACCAACUCAGUGCCAAAACCAGUGUCUCCCUGCUCUGGUCUGCGGCCGGCCUCCUGGAGUCUGUUCCCACCCUAUUUGGAGAUGGAGAGUGUAAAGCAGAACAGUGCAUGGGCACCCGACCCAUUAAACCCCUACAGGCUGAGCUCAGUGUCCAAGAAACACGGGAAACUGAUCACUUUUCUACGCACAUUCAUGAAGUCCAGGCCGACCAAGCAGAAACUGAAGCAAAGAGGUAUCCUCAGGGAGAGGGUUUUCGGCUGUGACCUAGGAGAACAUCUCCUCAACUCCGGCCAUGACGUCCCCCAGGUACUCAAGAGCUGCACUGAGUUCAUUGAGAAGCAUGGAGUGGUUGAUGGAAUGUACCGUCUCUCUGGGAUUGCCUCCAACAUUCAGAAGCUGCGGCAUGAAUUUGACUCUGAACAGAUCCCAGAUCUGACAAAAGAUGUUUACAUUCAAGACAUACACUGCGUGGGCUCCCUGUGCAAGCUUUACUUUCGAGAGCUUCCCAACCCACUUCUCACCUACCAGCUGUAUGAGAAAUUCUCGGAGGCUGUGUCAGCAGCCACUGAUGAGGAGAGGCUGAUCAAAAUACAUGAUGUCAUUCAGCAGCUGCCGCCUCCACACUAUAGGACUCUUGAGUUUCUUAUGAGGCAUCUUUCACACUUAGCAACCUUCAGCUAUGUAACAAACAUGCAUACGAAGAAUUUGGCCAUCGUUUGGGCCCCCAACUUACUGAGGUCAAAGCAAAUAGAAUCGGCUUGCUUCAGCGGCACAGCAGCCUUCAUGGAGGUGCGAAUACAGUCGGUGGUGGUGGAGUUCAUCCUCAACCAUGUGGAUGUUCUCUUCAGCCCCAAACUGAGCUCGCUUAUACGAGAGGGAACAGGACACAACUCUUUGUCUCGGCCUAAAUCUUUGUUGGUGCCCUCUCCAUCCACAAAGCUGCUAACAUUAGAAGAGGCACAGGCCCGUACCCAGGCCCAGAUCAACUCACCCAUCACUGCAGACAGCAAGUACAUAGAGGUGGGAGAGGGUCCUGCAGCCUUACAGGGAAAAUUCCACACGGUCAUUGAAUUCCCCACUGAGAGGAAAAGACAGCCCAUAAAGUCUAAAAAGUCUCCAGUUGGCAGUUGGCGGUCUUUUUUCAACUUGGGCAAGUCUUCCUCGAUGUCUAAACGAAAACUACACCGCAAUCCUAGUGAACCAAAUGAACUCAAGACCAUGGCAUAUGCUGGAGGAAGAGGAGACACCAGUACUCUUCGGUCUGCCAAAAGUGAGGAGUCUCUCACCUCUUUACAUAACGUUGAAGGAGAGUCUAAGGUGUACAGGCCACGCAGACCUCGUUCCAGCAGUGAUGCUCUCUCUGCUUCCUUCAAUGGUGAUCUACUGGAUAGCAGACAACACUGUAACUCAUAUGACAAUCUGGGCCAUGGGGAGAGUGAUGGGGAUGAUGGACCAAUCUGUGUGCCUGCUCUUAUCUCCCCGCCACGUUCCGCUGAUGAUGUGGACUUGAGCCCUCCUGACAUUGGCAUGGCCUCUUUAGACUUUGACCCCAUGUCUUUCCAGUGUAGCCUUCCUCUGGCAGAGACUUCCAUUUUCUCACUGGACACAGAUGAAAGCAGUCUGAAGAGGAGCCUGGCCAGUGCUAGUGUCUCCGAGCCAGUCUCGCCAGUCAGAGCUAAAGUUAUAAGUCAUUCUGUGUCUCCAGACCACAGUCCAGCCUUAAAGGAUAGAAAUAAACUGCCCCCUGCGUCUUUCUCAGAGAAAACUCCAGUUCAAUCUCUUGAGAGCUGUGAGAAGUCAGCUGUUGUGACUCCUCUAAGCGUCUCUGAAUCAGCUCCCUCCAUGAUAAGGAAAGCACCAGAGAGCACUGUGCUUCAGCCCUCUUCCACUCCAUCUCCACUCGACUCUCCUGCAAAAUUGAGCUUUCUGUCAAGAACCACCAAUCUGCCCCUGAGUGAAGCCAUUCAGCAAGAGCUUCUUUCUAAAGCUACUACCUUUGAGAGUAAAGACAUAUCAAGCACUGAAUGUUCACAGCCACCACAGGUCACCUGUUCUCAAGAGCAGCCAGGAGCUGUAGCUCUGGACUCACCAAAGGGCAAUGUCCCUGUCAGCUCUGUGUCCCUCAUACCUCCCGCUCCCCCACCAAAGAACGCUGCCCGCAUGCUUGCACUAGCUCUAGCAGAAUCUGCCCAGCAGGCCACUAUUCUUUCUCGGAGGCAAUCCUCUGGACCCCCUACACCAGUGUCCCCCAUUAGGCCACAAGGGUUACUGGAGACCAUGGACUGGCCUCCUCCUCCUUCCUUGCCAUCACAGACAUCCUUGGAGGAAGCUACAGUAGAAGUGUCAAAGAGGUCUGCUCCUACGUCUUCACCACCCUCCACCCCAGCUGAAAAGUUAACUCGCUCCGUCAGCCUGCACCUCAACACAGGUGAUUGUGGGAAGCCAUCCAGCAUUUCUUGCAAUAACCAGGAUGUUGUCUCACCAGAGACCCCAAGCCAGAGUGCUAUGCCUUCUAGUCAACCUUCUCAAGUUUCCCAAACACAAAAAAACCCAGAAAGGCAGCAGCCAGCUGUGGGCCAGACACCUGUGAGCACAGACAAAACCACUACCACACCAUCUAUCAGCAGCAAGGAUACUGUCAUUCAACAACCUAGCUCUGAGUUCCAUAUGACUGAAAUGGUUAUGCCACCAAAACCCACAAAGACGCCAGAUCAACCAGUCGCAAUUCUCCAGCCUCAGCCACAAAUACAGACUCAACCUAAUGCAGCGAUUUGGUCUCAACCUCAAGUUCAGCCUCAUUCUCAGUCACAAGCACAACCUCAGUUUCAGCCCAAAUCGCAGCCCAAUGCUAGAGUUGCACCAACCCCCGCAGCACCUCUUGAUCCUGUGGAAAAACCAUGGGAAGCCAUUAAGCCUGUCCAUCCAAAAGCAGAUAGUGCUCCUCCACACCAUACUCAGGGAGUGAUGCCGCCAACACCCCCAGUUCGUUCUAUUGAAAGUAAACUAGCAAUGGCUGCUCUCUGCAACACUGAGGCUGCAAACCCUGCCAACUUUCAUGCCAUAUUAGAAACAUCCAUGAGAGGCUCAGUGGAGGAGACUCCCCCACAGUCUCAUCCACCUCAUCGCAGGGCUUCCACUCAUCAGACAGGUUACAUUUGUCACUCAAAAGGGGAUGCUGCCCUACUGGAGCCCACCACAGAAGUGUAUUACCAUCAGCGGGUAUCCCCUUCAGGUCAGGCUACGAUGGCAUACCAUUACAGACCAGAGAGUGUUCCACCACAUGUUUCUUAUGUGUCAAAAUCAGAGUCACAGAUUUCCUAUAGAGGCCACGGUGAUGGCCGAUACAAUACGAUUGGACCUAGGUCCUACCACCAGUCUAUCAAAUCUCGUGGCCCACUGAGAAGUGAAUACAUUUCUCCAAGCUCACUGCACCACUCCCAUGGCUACAGCCAAGUAGAUGGACCUACCGUGUACCCAACAAUCCGUAGAGUCCACUCCCUACAUGUGCCCCCCACCGCCAUCCGCUCAAUGCCGGUCACCAGAACCGAGGUUCCACCAGAUGAUGAGUUAUUUUACUACCAGCGCCCAGUCUACCACUGCAAGUCUCACCAACCGCCCUCUCAAGCCGACUACCACGUCACACAACUGCAGCCUUAUUUUGAGAAUGGAAGAGUUCAGUACCGCUACAGCCCCUACUCUGGCUCUCACAUUCUGGAUGCCCCUUUCUACGAUGUGGACCAUUAUGGUACGAUCCGCUUACGGCACGUCCAUUCCUUCAGCGGUCGGGACAGUGCCCCUCUCCUUCAGACUGGAGCCAAAUCCGGAGGCUACCACUACCUUUCACGGCAUUUCAUUCCUUUAAAGGAGCAUAGCUUCGUAAGCAGAGACAUGCCACCUUACAGUGGUUUAAAAGGGAGUGUUUACUUUGCGUGGGAUCCAGAAGAAGCAGAAAGGCUUCGCGUACAUUCUAUCCGCAGGGAAAGCAGAGCAAGGCAAAAAGUUAAGGGUUCUGUUAUGUCUCAGUAUGACAACAUAGGACCCUACAUGCCAGUGGAUAUAGACAUGUUACACUUGCGGAGCAAAUCAGAUCCUGGCAAAACUGUGUUGAUGGCUACCGAGAGCAAGGAGGCCAAAUAUAAUAUCGUAUCUGGAUCUCAGCAUGCUCCCAGGCACUUGAUCUCUGAUCCAGAUGUCCUGAUGUAUAUGGAAACAGAGAAGCACUGCCAAGGAAAUGGGAUGGGGGACAAAACCACCAAACAAGGCAGCUCCAGGACCUACUCGUCCAUCCAUUCACAUCAAUCGCAACUUCCACCACGAAGCCUGCAGCACUUACCUGAAGGUGGCCAUCUUGACCCGAAGUUUGAACCAGGGGAAAAGCAACUGAGCAGUAAACAUUGGCAGGAACACUCGGAGAGCAGGAGUGCCCAACCUCGUUACGAAAUGUCAGAUUUGGAUCGCCACAUAUGCAGGGUUAAAGCCACUAGCUGCGCCAGUGAAGAUGAACAAGCGGCUCCAGUGAAACCAGCUCCUCCACCCAAGCCAGAGAGAUCCCAUAGCGUUAGAGAGCGGCAGCAUUACAACCAGUCCAGUCUUCCUGCACAUCUACCAGACAAUUCAGAUAGAGACCAUAGUGGAUCCUACUCUUACCAGUCACAGGGACAAAGACAAAGUGCCAUUACUUUACAGUCACACUAUGACAACCUGGAUGACUACCAUCCAGUACCUCAGUCCCAAACAUCACUAUCAAAUCGAGGUGGUUCCAGCUCCUAUCACAGCCCUGGUUUCUCAACUCCACAUAGUAAUUGCGCAUACUCCACUGCCUUGGGACAGGGCGCCUUCUUACAAGCUGAGCUUUCAGUGCAGAGGCCAGAGACAGAUUAAUGCGGAGUAAACAGACAUUUAAUGACAAACCAGAUAAAUUUGGAACAUUAUUGUAGGUGUCAAUAGUAAUUCAUUUGAAGUUUAACAGCCUCUGCGGGACAGUGGACUGCCUUCUGACUGUUUACAUUCAGUUUCCUUUUCUUUUUUUUAUGUACAAAGAAAUGUAAGACUUUUUACUGAACUGAAUGUACCAUAAUUUCAUCAGUUGUUGAAACAUUGUGACGUGGAGAUAUAACUUGUUAUAUACUCUAGAUAUUCUGUGAUAUUGACAAAUGUUACAUGAAUCAUAACCAGACGAGUUAUGUAUAUCUUGGAAGAUGUAUAUCUGGAUAUAAGGGAUUCUUUUUGUUCUGUUUUAUUACUUUGAAAAGGUCUGGGACUGGAUAUAAAUGAAGUGUAAAGGUUUGCAUUUUAGAAAUGCAUGUAAUCAACAUUUUACAGAACAGUUCUGUGUACCUUGAUAUAUAUAUAUGUAUAGUGUACUUUCUGGAUGUUACAGUAACAGUGGAAGGGAAGCCCUGUUUAAGUCAUCCUACCUUCAUUUUACACUCGGUGUACACAACUAGGUGGUACAUGAAAUUCUUAAUUUUCUGCCUUCAGGUUGGGGGCCCAAAAUGUGCAUUUUUCACUGUCCAAACUGUGCCAUUACUAUUAUAUAUGAUAGGGGUUAAUCACAAGCAACUGGAUUUCUUUCUUCAUUUUAAAACUUGACAAGAUUUGACUGAAUUCUGCUUGGAUGGGUUGUUGGAGGGAUGAACAAUGAAUGCAGAUUGUGAUGGCAUAAGUAUUCAUUAAGAUAUUGGAGAAUGACUGAAGGUGAGAGUGCCAAUGUGAAGUGACUAAGACACAUUUCUCGUCCCACUUUCAGAGAAAUGUGUUAUUGACGGAGUUUUUAAUACAUUUAGUGAUUAAUGUGUUAUCACUAAAUGUAUUUAUUUGUUUAUUAUAUACUAAAUGUAUAUAAUAAUGAUUAUAUGUCUCUGUCUGAUUUUAGACCAGCACCUUACUUACGUCUUUGUAACAAGCUGCAUUACUAAAUUUCACAUAGGUCCAUAAACUUUAUGUAAGGGGAACCACUUGCCUGAAAAUGUCCAUUCAUUUCAUAACACUGAACAAUUUGUGCUUUUGCAAUUAGUACAAUGUACAUUGCCCUCAGAACAAAUCUGUCCGGUGGAGAUAAACCAAUAUUUUAGUUAUUUAAAAGAGUUUAUGAUUAGGGGACCCGUUUUUGGUGCUUAGCGAAGUCAUUGCAUGUUACCGUUCUGUCAGACAGUAAUUAUUAUUGCAUUAUGUUGCCUUGAAAAUUUGAGUAUUCAGAUGAGCCCAAGCUCACAAUGGCAUAAUUUGUAUGUUUGUAGUUGAUCCCCUAAUAACAUCUGUUUUUGUGUUUUGCCAAGUCUUAAGAAGUUCAUUUUCAUUUUGCCAGCAUUUUUAUGAUUGACAUUUAAUAUGCUGUUUUCUUGUUUUUAUUUGUUUUAGACUGUGAAAAAAAACGGUUGGGUGGCUAGCGUGGGAAAAAAAUAAAGGCAUUCAUAUGUAACCUCUAUUUAUGGGACCAAACUGAAAUUUUAAUGCAGCAUAUCCAUACUUGCACUCUCAUCACGAGGAUUUGACCCAAAACUUUAGCAUUAAAGCCUCAGAGCCUAAUUUAAUCAAGCUUGUAUGAACCUGCAGUCGGAUUUCUUUUAGCCUCAAAUAACAUUUACUCCUUUAAUGCACAUUUCUGGGGAAUAUAUUUUAGUAUAGCAAACAAACGAGUAGGCUAAACAAUACCAGUAUUUCUCUUUUAAAACAAAUACUUAUUCAGCUUAAAUCUAUAAUAUAAUAGGCCUACAGCUGCUGUUAUUUUAUUGAAUUUGGCUGCCAAAUGGAUUGUUGUAAUAAAGACCUCCAUUAAGAUAGCAUUUACUAUAAAUUCAUAGCUAUUUGGUCAAAUUCCCCCAAACCUCUACACAUCUGCCUAAGGAGUCGCCUAGCUGAACACAUCUUUUUGUAAUACCAAGAAAGUAUUAUACAUGUUGGCUAUGACUAAAACAUAAUAUGCUCGCAGUUAGCCAUGUUUCAGAUAUAUUUGUAUAAAUGGAGCAUCUCUGUCACCUUUGAACCCAAAUAAAAUUCAGCUUAGCC